ACACCAAAAAUAUCUCAAUCUUGUUAAGAAAAGGGUACAUUCUUGCUCAUGUUUCUAAGCUAACAAUCUCAAACUCUUAACACAAAAGAACAUUCACAAAAAUGGACAAAUAAAGUAACAAAAAGAGUAUAUAUAAACCACCUUAGUUAGAGGAGAAAGCUAAUGUUAGCUCACCAAAUCUUCUCAUCACUUCACUUUCUCUCCAUUUUCAUUCCAAACUUCCCAACAAAGAAACAAAGAAAAAACACAAGAUUAAACAAAAAACUACACUAUGAAGUUUAACAAGAGAUAUUCAUAUUUCUUUCAUUCAUUUCUCUUAAUAAUAAUGAUCAUUUUACAAAAUAACCAAUCUUUAUUAAUCCACGGUUCACCCAACCCUAUAAAAACCGUUGUCAUUUUAGUUAUGGAAAACCGGUCAUUUGAUCACAUGUUGGGUUGGAUGAAAAAACUCAACCCGGAAAUAAAUGGCGUAAACGGGUCGGAGUCGAACCCGGUUUCUCUAUCGAAACCGGAUUCACCACUUAUUUUUUACAAUGAUACAGCACAUUAUGUGGUUGACCCGGACCCGGGUCACUCAUUUCAAGCAAUAAGGGAACAAAUAUUCGGGUCGGACCAAACCGGGUCUGAACCGGCCUCUAUGAAUGGGUUCGCUCAACAAGCUUAUGCUAUCAAUGGUAGUAUGGAGAUGGCUAGACAUGUGAUGAAUGGUUAUAAACCGGAGUUAGUACCGGUUUAUCAAGCUUUGGUUCAAAAUUUCGCGGUGUUCGACCGGUGGUUUGCUUCGGUUCCUUCAUCAACUCAACCGAACCGGCUUUUUGUUCACUCGGCUACUUCAGCUGGAGCUACUAGCAAUAUUCCGGCCUUAUUAGCUAAAGGCUAUCCUCAAAGGACUAUAUUCGAUAACUUGGACAGUGAAGGGAAGUCCUUUGGAAUUUACUACCAAAAUAUUCCAGCUACAUUGUUCUACCGCAACCUAAGAAAGCUCAAGUACAUCACCAAAUUUUUACCCUAUGGCAUUUUCUUCAAAAGACAUGCUAGAGAAGGGAAGCUCCCGAGCUACGUCGUGGUGGAGCAGCGAUAUACGGACACUAAGGCAGACCCGGCUAACGACGAUCACCCGUCACACGACGUGUACCAAGGCCAAUUGUUCGUCAAGGAAGUUUAUGAGACACUAAGGGCUAGUCCACAGUGGAAUGAAACACUCUUUUUGAUCACUUAUGACGAGCAUGGUGGAUUUUAUGAUCAUGUCCCUACCCCGGUUAAUGGGGUCCCUAGCCCCGAUGGGAUCGUUGGGCCCGAGCCUUUUUUAUUUAAGUUCGAUAGGUUGGGUGUUCGUGUACCUACUAUUGCGAUUUCACCUUGGAUUGAGAAGGGUACUGUUGUUCAUAAGGCUCAAGGACCAUAUCCAACAUCAGAGUACGAGCACUCGUCUAUAGCAGCAACAGUCAAGAAACUCUUCAACAUGUCAAGCCCUUUCCUAACUAAUAGAGAUGCUUGGGCUGGCACCUUCGAAGCCAUCGUAGAAACAAGAACCGAACCACGAACAGAUUGUCCCGUACAACUGCCGACACCAGUACAGAUAAGGAAAGGGGAGGCAGACGAGAACAGGUUGCUAAGCGAGUUUCAGCAAGAGCUGAUGCAUCUUGCAGCGGUACUAAAAGGCGAUAACAUAUUAUCGAGUUACCCGGAGAAGAUAGCAAAGGGGCUUACGGUGAAGCAGGGGAAGGAGUACAUGGAGGAGGCAGUGAAACGAUUCUUCGAAGCAGGGCGACUUGCUAAGGAGUUGGGAGUUCAUGAAGAACAAAUUGUCAAAAUGAGACCAUCUCUCACUUCAAGACCUACAAAAUCUAGCACUCAACAACACCCUUAAGACUAAAUCAGUCUCGAACUCAAAGUAAUAAGUUAACUGAAACUGAAAAGACGAGAUAGUUGUUGUUUGGCAUAACUAAUAGUAAGUGAAUGCAAGUAUUAGUUUAAUGUCUUGAGAAAAGCUACUAAAAAGUUAUGUUAGGUUGAACAACUUCAAUUAUUUCAUCUCCUUAUCAUUGAAGGUAGUUGAAAUGAGUCACUAAACAUAGCCUUAAUCGUCUUAUUCGAAAAUGCACACUAACAUUUGGAUUUUUUUUUGGGGGUGUACAUUGUGAUCAUAAAAAUUGCGAACAUGCAUUUCUUUCCGAGUAUAUAAAUAAGGAAAAUGCUAACUUUAGCCUUGAGAUUCUCCUGUAAUGUAUUUUCUUCUCUAUUCAUACAAGACAUCAUUUGUAAUUGCUCCUUUAUAUGCAAUUUUGCACCUCAAAGAAAUAAAAAUUCGCCAAAUUCUGCUGUG